UUGAACGCUUCUAGGCACAGGGAUCUUAAAGCCGGUGACGCUGAGACGGAAGACCAGACGACACGCUGCGAAAUCUGCGCUGAGGCAGAGAAAUGGGCCGAGGGCAUUAUUCAGAGGCCAGCUUUCUGGAGCGAGACCCUGCAAAGACACAACGCAGCCACGCUUCCAAUGCGCGCUAAGGGUUUCAAAACCGGGAGGGAGACGCUAGAGUCCACCACUGAGCACACCGUCUUCGUGCCCUCAGAUUCCGCUGAAAACACACUGAACAAACCACAGGAACAACAACAACAACAACAACCCGUCUCAGGUAGAUGGAAUUUAGUUUAA